UGUAUUUCACUUUUUAUGGUUUAGUGUUGUUGCAUACGUCAUUCUAGGAGAAUAUGAGGACGUUAGGGCCUGAAAAAGUUUAAUAAUAUGUCUGCGGGACUACCAAGACAGCAUACUACAAGUUCUGUAGGAAGACCACCAGUAUCUUCAGUACAUGUUAGUGAUACUGACGUCUUGCCUGGCAGUACCUUUCACUCCACAACAGUCUCAUAUACAACAAGAACAGGAUCCUGUGCUGACAAUAGGCAGCCACAAAUCUUGCCUUUUCAGGGAUUAAGUGGAGUAGAUAAUUUGCUUGGACCAUCUCCUGGUAUGAGUUCUAGUACUGCUGGACAUGCUCUUCCACCAGAUCAGUUUAAGCCCAGUCGGUAUUCAUCUCCAUCACUGGCAUUACAGCAACAAAAUAGUUAUCAGCCACCAAAAGUCAGUGUACCAGGAAACUCUAAUGCACCUAUUUAUUCUGUGCAAAAUGGACCAAGACUGACUUCACAAUUUCCACAAACUUCACAAAUGAUGUCUAGAACAGGACAGUAUCCUGUAGGAAGAAUGCCGGGGCCAUAUCAAUUGCAGUCUAUGCAGGGUGUUUUCCCUAGAGAAUCAUUGCCACAACAGGGUUCUUACCCUCACUAUCUUGGACAAAAUGCUUCAGUGCCUUUACCAGGAAUUCCUAGUAGUAGUAGUGGUCCCUUGUUACCAGCCCCCUUUCCUGUCCAAAGCUGGGUACAGUCCUCCAGUCCAGGAGUUACUCCUGGACCCUCAGAACCUACUUCGGCUCGUUCCUCGCAGAACACUUCUCCCAUACCCAUGCAGCGUAUUGACUACAUGGAAGGGCAGUUUCCCUCUAGCAGACCAAGUCCAGUUACUUCAGCCACAAACCUACAAGCUCUAAGUCAUGGGUCAGGUGAACCAAGAUUUAAUGGUCCCCCCAUAGCCCAAGGCUCUUGCCCACCACCCCCACCAUCUGCACAGAGUGCUACACCAUUUAUUUCUACCACAAGCUCAGUUAUCUCUCAACAAACACAAGUCCAAAAUGUGGGUUUUGGACCACCACUCAACGGUGUACGACCAGCCCAUGUUAGACCUAGGUAUCCACAACAGUCUGGAAGUAGUCAAACUUCAAAACUAACUAGUCAGCCAAUUAGACAGUCUUCACCUUUCUUUAACACCACUAGCUCUACUCAGCAGCAUUUUUCACUUAAACAUCCAGAAGGACCUGUUGGAGGAAUUGCAGGGGGGUAUGAUCCUCAGUUGCAUGCUCAAAUGACUGGAAUGAGCAUCCAUGGAGGUUUUUCUAAAAUGUGGGAAAGUGAAAAUGUCAACUUGCUUCAAGAUAAAAAUAUACUUCCAUCUGUGCCACUGGAACCUCCUAAGAUUCUGACACCUCAUGAGAGACCAGCAUGCAACCGAGAUAUUUUCAGGUGCACCCUUAGAAAGAUUCCAGAAACUCAUUCACUGCUACAAAAAUCUCGGCUCCCUUUAGGAAUUCUUAUUCAUCCUUUCAGAGAUCUAAAUCACCUUCCAGUGAUUCAAUGUGGCUGUAUAGUGCGAUGUAGAUCAUGUCGCACUUACAUCAACCCUUAUAUUUCGUUUGUUGAUCAGCGUAGAUGGAAAUGUAAUCUGUGUUUUAGAGUAAAUGAUUUACCAGAAGAAUUCUUGUAUGAUCCUGUUUCUGGGUCAUAUGGAGAUCCUUCCAAACGACCCGAGAUUAGAAAUGCUACUGUAGAGUUUAUUGCCCCUUCAGAAUACAUGUUACGACCACCACAACCAGCAGUGUAUCUUUAUGUUUUAGAUGUAUCACACAGUGCUUUACAGACAGGUUACCUGACAGUGUUCUGUAAAAUUAUGCUACAGGAGUUGGAUAACUUCCCUGGAGAUUCUCGUACACAAAUUGGUUUCAUCACAUUUGAUGGAAGUGUUCACUUCUACAAUCUUAAUGAAAGUCUCAAUCAACCUUCCAUGUUAGUGAUGUCAGACAUUGAUGAUGUAUUUUUACCACUCCCAGAAGGACUUCUUGUGAACCUGCAUGAAAAUAGAGCAUUAAUACAAGACCUACUGAAAGAUCUUCCCAAUAGAUUUGCUGAAAAUGAUGAUACAAAUAGUGCCUUAGGUGCAGCACUACAGGCAGCAUACAAGUUAAUGGCUCCAACAGGAGGAAGGAUUACUGUUAUGCAGACACGUUUACCAAAUCUUGGUCCAGGAGCUUUGAAAUCUAGGGAAGAUCCUAAUCAGCGGGCAGCCAAGGAUGUUACCAAUCUGGGGCCUGCUACAGAUUUCUACAAGCAGCUAGCAUUGGACUGCUCUACUCAGCAGAUAGCUGUGGAUCUAUUUUUACUUAGUUCUCAGUAUUCAGACUUAGCAACUUUGGCUUGCAUGUCUAAGUUUUCUGCCGGUAGUGUUAAUUAUUAUCCUAGCUUCCAUGCCACAAUGAAUAAACUUGUGACUGAAAAAUACCAGAAAGACUUGCGACGUUAUCUUACCAGAAAGAUUGGGUUCGAGGCAGUAAUGAGAAUAAGGUGUGCAAGAGGUUUGUCUCUCCAUACGUUCCAUGGUAAUUUCUUUGUUAGAUCCACAGAUUUGUUGUGUCUUCCUAAUGUGAAUCCUGAUGCAGGUUAUGGUAUGCAGGUAGCCAUAGAAGAGAGCUUGACCGAUUACAAAAAUGUUUGUUUUCAAGCUGCCGUUCUUUAUACAUCAACCAAAGGUGAAAGAAGAAUCAGAGUUCAUACAUUGAGUCUUCCAGUUGUAGCAGUUGUGACAGAAGUGCUUGGAAGUGCUGACCAGGAAAGCAUAAUUUGUCUCUUGGCAAAGAUGGCGGUUGACAAAAGUAUAACGUCACUUAGAGAUGCUCGAGAUGCUAUGAUCAACGCCUGCUGUGAUCUGAUAAGUACUUACCAUAAUACAAUAGCAGCUGGUCAGACAGCAGGAGCACUUAUGGUACCCUGCUGUGCACAGUUAUUGCCUCUUUUUGUAUUGGGAUUAUUGAAAAGUGUUGCAUUUCGAGUAGGCAUCAGCACGAAGUUGGAUGAAAGAGUGUUUGCAAUGGAACAGAUGAAGUCUAUGCCCCUGUCUUAUCUGAUGACAUAUAUCUACCCACGAAUGUAUCCAGUGCAUGCAUUAGAUGAUAAUAAGUCCCUGCAAAUUGAUGAAGGAAAAACAGUGCCACAGCCUCCUAUCCUACAGCUAACUUUUGAAAAAAUAGAUCCUACAGGAGCAUACCUUCUUGAUACGGUAGUUUUGAUGUAUCUGUAUCUGGGAAGGGGCAUUAGUGAUCACUUCUGUUCUACUGUCUUGGGAAUAUCAACAUUCAGAGCAAUCCCAGAGGGAAUGACUGAACUACCUGAGCUGGACACACCAGAAUCACUUAGGCUUAGAAAUUUCAUAUCUUGGCUUCUUUCCCAACGGCCCUUCCAUACUCCUCUACUAAUUCUGAGGGAAGACAGUAAGGAGAAGUACAGAUUUCUUCAACAUAUGGUGGAUGAUAGGUCUGAGUCAGCCUUUUCCUACUAUGAAUUUCUGCAACACUUGAAGCAACAGGUUUCUAAAUGAAUUUUAGAAACUAAAACUUAUAGUGUAUUCAAGAACAUUUCACUUUUGUUGUGAAAGAACGUGUUUCACAGUGGGAUUAGUUUGCAGGAACUGAUCUUAAAAAAAAAGAUUUUUAGGUGCUGACAUUGUUAAUUUUCACUGUGUUUAAAUAUAAAGCAUCCAAACACUCCAUAUGUGUGAGGUAAAAACAUAUGUUUGAGCAAGUGAGAACAUUCGAGAAAUUUUCUAUCUGUAUAAAAGUUGGUGAAAUAUGAUGUUAACACUCGUGUUUGUGAAUAUAUUCCUAUAAAAACAUAAAAAUGAAAUUUUCAAUUGUAGGAAAGAAAACUAAGAGAAAAAUGAUACCUGAGCAUAAUGAAAGGACUCGGAGAUGAAGAAGAUAACAGUAAAACUUAUGCCAUUUGAACAUUAGGAAGUAAUAUGAGAAACUACUUGAUUGAUGGGUAAAAUUGGAAUAGAAACUCAAUUUCAAAUGUAGCUAUAUCAUGGAAAACAUUAAACUGAAUAGUUGUGCUUAAAGCAUGUAUAUUUGGUGAGCUAUCAGUCUUCUCUUUAGUUUGUCUUUUGAGUAAAGUGAUGACAGCUAUUUUGCUAAGCCUUGUUGCUGUGCUAUCACAAUUAAUUUGAUAUAUUUGAAUGCAAAGGUUUAAAAAUAUUUAUUGGCCAGAAGUAUGUUUUAAUAAUAAUAAAAGUUGCUUUUCUUUAAAUAGAAAUCUUUAAUGUUUCGUGCUCUUGUUUUGUGGCUUUAUAUAGGCAUGUUGUCUAAAGGUAAAGAUAAAGAAAUGCUAGUAUAAUAGCAAAAAAACUAUAGAUUAAGAUACUUUUACUCCAUAUUCUUAGAAUAUUAUUUUAUAAAUGGUAUGAUCUGGCAUAUUUAAAUGGGUAUUUAAUAUUGCUCUAAAAAUAAUUGGGGGAUCUUAUGGAUGUUUUCAUGUUAAAAUCAUAUGUUACAUCAUCCACUCAUAUCUAGACAUUUUAUCUAACAACUUAUAACUGAUGUAACUAUCAUGCAAGUUUAUAGUCUCAUAGUAAUGUAGGUGCUUGUAUGCUUUAUAAGCAUGUGAAAGUUUCUUUCAUUAUUAUUUGUAUUGGUAAACUAAAUAAAAAUUAGGAUUGUUUAAAGUAACUUUAUAAUCACAGUUACCAUGCAGUUAAUCUUGUGUCUUGAGCAUGUUCAUAGAACCAAUGUUUUAUAAAAAGAACACUAUUAAUCUGUAAAAGGUAAAACUCUCUUGAUAUUUCAAUAAAAAGAUUAAGAAGCUUUGAAGAUUAAAAAUACUAAAAGUAACAUACUUGUCUACGAACUAAAACUUACAGUGAUGUAAAGUAUAAUAGUUCAGAUCUCAUACUUAAGAUAAUAUUAUAUUAUACUUCAAAUAAUAUGGAAUUGAACAAUGUAAAGAAGAAAAAAUGGAAAACUUAGAGAUGUUUUCACAAAAUUCAGUUAUUUCUUAUAAAUACCAUAUCUAUUAUUGAGUAAAGUGUUAUUAAUUUGUAAUUUAAAGUAAUUCAUUUUCCUAGGAUAUUUUAGUAUUAAUUUUGAAAUUUAUAUAUAUUUCUUUGAAAUAGGAUUAUCAUUCAAAAUAUUUAAACAUUUAAAGUGGAAAGGGAUAGUGUGAUUUACUGUAUUUCUUGUCAGCAAGGUUACCUAAACUGUCAUAAGAAAAAUACAUAUUUCCAAAGAAUUACAUUUUGGUUGUUUUAGUUAAAAAUGUUUGAUCUUCUUCAAAUUUUGCUUUUUUUUCUUAAAAUAUUUAGUCUGCUGUGGAAUAUAUAAUAUGAAAUCUAUCAUAAGAAUUUCAUAGAACUCAAUGUUUUAUUGUAAUGUUAUCACCAUCAAUUUUGUUUAUCUUCUGCUAGAAUAAUUAGGUUUAUUAUGGCUUAUUAAAACUAUUUAUAAAAUUUUCACUUUGUUAGUUCUUGUCACAGAAAUGCUAGGGUGCUUCUAGGGUAACAAAACGUAAUCUCAUAAAAUUUAUCAGAGACUUAAGUCUUGGCAUCUUAAUGAUAAAUUUGACCAUUUCAAGUGCCAGAAAUUUUUGGUUGGUUACCUGUUAAGUGCAAUAAACUCAUCAGAUAUCAUAAGGGUUGGUUUGGUGUUUUAUUGUGAAGAAAUUCAAUUCUUCUGAUAAAGAUUAAAUCAGAAUUCCAUCAGAUCUUUAAUUAUGUAAAAAGGUUAAGCUUGGGUGUUGUUAUUUAAUGAUUUUGACAACCAUUAAAUUUACCAUUCUUCUGUCAGACAACUAGCCAAAAGGAAAUUAAUGGGUUAUACAUACGUUGAAAAACAUAUUAUAAAAUUUUAAGAGAUAGAUAUUUGGGGAAUAUGUUGAUAAUGCUCAGUUUUGGCCAUUUUCAGAAAGAUUAACUGUGUUGUAGUUUUUCAGAAAAUUCAUUAUGUACUCAGCUUUAGGAUAAAUAUGGUGAUUGUUUAUCAAAUAAUACUUUAUCUCCUUGAACUUCUAAAAUUUUAAACCUUGCCGUUUUCUAGGAAACAUUUGGCCAUCUUCUUCCAGAAAAAUUAACAUGUAAAUAGUUUUUUGAAAACUUUGAGGCUUACAACCCUAGUGUUUUUGUGAAAAUGUUUGUGUCUUCAAUUCUGCUUAAUGACUGUUUAAGAUUAAAUGGGUCCUUAGAAAACCUGUCCUUAUAAGUUUAAUUUAUAAUGUAAGCAUUAUUUUGAAAAUUUAGAAAGCUUACUUCUGUUUUCCAAAUUAAACUGGGUUAUAGCGAACUUUUCAAAGGGUUAAACAUUGGUAUUUCCAGCAAAAGUUUAUCAAGCUUUUUCUUGGCAGUGAGAGAGAAUAAGUGUAUAAUGAUACAAAAAUCACUAUUUAUUCAGUUUGUUGAAAGGUUAAGAAUUAGUAGUUUUCGUGAAAAUUCUGAUCGUUUGGAAGAAGUUGCUUUUCUUCUGCCAGAAAUAUUAGGAUUAGUCUUGGUGUUUUUUUUUAUGGUAAAAAUUUCACAUAUUUUAAACUUCUAUAUGUUUUGCCAGAAAUAUUUAUUGGGCUACGGGUUCUUAUAGUACUAACCAUUAUGAAGCCACACUGAUGAAAUGAUGACUGAAAUAAAAACAAUUAAUUGGGUUAUGUUCAAAAAGUAAUUCGUUAUCACAUAGGAUUUCUUUAAAAUUUAUCUACCUCGUGUGAUUAAGACUGGUUGGAUUAUGAAUUAUAAAAAGCUCCGUAUGACCUCACGUUUUUGAAAGAUUAAGUCUUAAUGGUUUUUUAGUUUAAUCUUUACAACCUUCUACAAAAAUUAAGUUGGAUUAUAAAGUGUGAAAAAAUUAAACAUUUCAUUAAUUAUCCAGAGUUAAUAUUUGGUGUCCUUUUAGAAAUGGGUCGGGCGUGGAAUAAUGAUUAGUGUACCGGUACUGUAGUUAUGAAGGUCUAUGUUUUGUAUUCCGUUGCCAAAUAUAAAAGAAAAAAUAUGAGAGUGAUAGUCAAGUCCAGUUUUGAAUUUGAGUAGCCCAAGUUAGAAUUGUCAGUGAAUGCUAUUUACUGCCUUCUUUGAUAGUCUUAGUUCAAAAAUAGGGACGACUAGAGCAGAUAUCCCUUGUGUAGCUAUUCACGAAUAUAAACAGGUGAAACUUUUAAAGAAAAACAACGUCUUCAAAUUUGUCCACUUUGUGCUGUGAUAAAUAUCCAAAUUAUGAACGGUUAAGCCUUGUUGAUUUCAGUAAAAAUGUUCAACUCGUUUUACAGAAUCUUGAUGAUCAAUUGAUAAUAGCAAAUUUGCAGUGUGUUAUUAACAUAGAUAAUUAUAAAGACAUUUUACCAC